CUUUGGUGUCUUUGGUUUGGGUUUGACAGUAGACUUUUAUUGUCAAAACAAAUAACCUCUUCAUUUUAGUACGUAAAUAUUUAUUUGGUAUUAUAUUCUGCAAAAUGAAUUCGCGACACAUUUUUAAUAUGUGUAAUAAGCUAUUGAUACAACAAACAAUAACCAGAGGUAACAGUUUUAAAAUUGUCAAACGUCCGGAUCCAAAAACUUUGAAAAUGCCUGCCCCGGGCACCGCUCCGAGCAUAAUGGAUAUAAUAAAAGAAAAAAUUAGGUUAAAUGGACCGAUUACUGUAGCUGAAUACAUGCAUAUUAUUACUACAAACCCUACCGAAGGAUAUUACAUGAAAAAAGAGGUUAUUGGCCAAGGUGGUGAUUUUAUAACGUCGCCAGAAAUAAGUCAACUAUUUGGUGAGAUUUUAGGGAUAUGGUUCUUUUCUGAAACUCAAAAAAUGGGUCCUGGUAAGCCGCUUCAAAUCGUUGAACUAGGGCCAGGCAAUGCGACCUUACUAUUGGAUAUUUUAAGGGUACUCAACCGUCUUGGAUACAAAGCUCAGGACUUGAGUCUUCAUCUUGUGGAAAUAUCUUCAACUAUGCAGAUGAUACAAGCAAACAAAUUAUGUGUAUCACACAGAGAAGUUAGCAUUGAAAAUCAACAUAACUAUGAAGGUGAAACUCUCAGUGGUAUCAAAGUAUACUGGUACAAUGACCUUAAGAAAGUACCCAACAACUUUUCUUGGUACAUUGCUCAUGAGUUCUUUGAUGUUAUGCCGAUACAUAAAUUUGAAAAAACAAAUGAUGGAUGGCGAGAACUCUUAAUAGAUCUCGAUGGGCAGGAGAAACUUUACUACAGAAUAACAGCAGAAGAAACUGUCUCAUGCAAGUCUUUAAUUAGACCUCCUUUAGAUUCUGGAGACAGAACAGAGCUAGAAAUUAGUGCCCGGAGUCUUGGCAUUGCCAGGCAGUUGGCCACAAGGGUAGACAAAUAUGGAGGAAUAGCUCUCAUUGCUGAUUAUGGACAUGAAGGAGAAAAGGGUGAUACUUUUAGGGCUUUUCACAAGCAUAAAGUGGUGAAUCCUUUAGAAAAUCCUGGCAAAUGUGACUUAACAGCAGAUGUGGAUUUCUCUCAAUUAAGGGUUGCCGCUUCAAAGACUCCAUCAACUGAGAAUUAUGCUUUAGUGAUGGGACCCGUCAAACAGAAAGACUUCCUUGAGAGAUGUCAAGCUCAAGUCAGACUGAAGGUUCUUAUGGAUAACGCAAAAUCUGAAGAAGAUAGGGAGAAAAUAAAAAUGUCUUAUGAAAUGCUUGUAGAACCAGCGAAAAUGGGCGAAAGAUUCAAGUUUAUGGCUUUUUAUCCAUCAUCAAUGGCUGAUAUGUUAAAUAAAUAUCCACCUUUAGGUUUCUCUACCCCAAAAACUGAAGGUGGAUAAUUUAAUAAGUUAUUGUCUUGAUUUAAUUAAUUUUAUUUGUAGUUUGUUAAAAUGUUUAUUUCUGUUAAAUAUUUUAAAUAGUAAUUAAAAUGUUUUCGUUAAUUUGUUUUCAAAUUUUUCUCACAUGUGAAUUUAUCAAAACAUGGAAUAUACAUACCAACAAAUUAUUAUUAUAGAAUGGAAUACAG